UGGCGGCUCCACCGCGGAUCCCCGAAAUCUGCGUUCCCCACCCCACUGGCUCUAACCCCCGGCAAGCGGGCUCUGAAGCCCAAGCGACGGUGACCACUUGGGAUCGGCCGCACACCUCGUCACCUCUAGGCAGCCGUUCAACGCUUGGGCUAACAUGGUGGGGAGAGCAGGCUUCUCUGGAGAUGCAGCAAUCACGCUUCUUUUCACUGCCCUCUCCUUUUUUUCUUACUCCUGGGCCUCCUUUCUCCAGACACCAAAUAUCAGCAAUCACAGCCCAACUCUAAACGUCCUCUUUAUUGAAGUUGGGUUCUGUUUGCUUUGUUUUUCCCUUUUUUUUUUGAAGUCGAAUUCUAGGGCUGCACUGCCCAAUAGGUAGCUCUUAGCCACAGGUGGAUAUUACUUUUUUUUUAAGUGGCUAUUAGAAAAUUUCAAAUUGUAUAUGUGGCUCACAUUAUAUUUUUAUUGAACAGCACUGCUGUAGAGUCUGGGACGUUUUGGUUUGGGCUUUUUGUUGUUUUUGGUUUACACAUGUAGGCAUGAAAGUUUAGAUAUCAAACUCAAUUUAGUUUCUCCUCUUACCGUCACAGGGAAGGAAGCCUGUCUCUAGAGGAAACUUGUAUUAUUUUUGCUAACAAUAAACUGAAAUCAGAAAGCUGUUAAAUGACCAAAACUUUUGAAUGUGUCUCCCAUCCUGGAACAAGUUUAGUGCAAUGUCCAGAUUUCAGGGGAAGGCUAGAUUAGUUCCUGUUUCCAGAAAAAUCUUUCAACCAUAUAUAUUAAUCAGUGAGUCUAGUCACUAGUCUUGUGUAUUUUCCUUCCAAUAGGAAUUUAACUAGGCCCUGCAUUCAAUUCUUAGUGAGUUAACAUCCAUGAUUGCAACAUUCUCCUCUCCUCCCCCUAUAUCUAAAGUGAAAAUACAUCAUGCUAGAUGCCUGAUUAGCUAGAGGCUGUCAGUAUCCAACAGCAGAUAAAUUCCUCAGCUUCAGCCCUGCUAAUGGUAUUGACUUUCAUCUGCCUGUGGCUUUUACUUGCUCUCUUGCUAUCAGGCUUGGAUGGGCUAGAUCUCACAGUAAGUUUGAGACACCUCUAGAAAUUGUUCCUGCUUUUUGUGUACCAUAAUCCUGAUUUAGUGAUAUACGGGGUAUAUUUACCCAGGGUCUUGAAUUCUGUGGAGCAAUUACUGGGAAAUUAUGUGUAUGUAGUCAACUUUGAAAGGUGGUGGUUGAUUAGAGAGGGUAGAUGUAUUUUAGAAUCAACUAUUAAAAUAUGUGGAAAUCUAGCACUGAUGGACUCCUUAGGUAUUUUAAAGGAGAUUGAUCCUCCCAUUUUGGAUGCUGCUUCUCAAGAUUUUAAUUUAUCUAAGUUUUGUGCCAUUUGGGGCCAAGAAAUGAAGGGAGUUCCGUUUCGUGCUCAUUAACAAUUUCAUCUUCUAAAAUUCUUCACUAAAUCGGGUAGGAAAUUAAUUCUGCCAUCAAAGAAGCCAUAAGGACCAGUGCAACACUCUGGCAUUACUGCAUCACAUUUUUCUUCCACUUGUUACCUAGAAUGUUAACAUUAGCAGUAUUUAUGUAGUCUGAGCAUAGGACUGGGCUAUGCAGUUGACUCACAGGGUGUUUUAUGUCUUCACUUAUAAAGUGGGAAUAACAGAUACAUGUACUUCUUGGGCUCUGGUGUGGAUAAUGUUUGCAUUGUUCUUUGAGAUCACAAAAGAAAAAUAAGUUUAUGUGCUGUAACAUGUUCUUAUUUUAGUGAUUGGUAAAUUAUUCUCUGUAACCUGACUUCUGCCCAACGAGUGGACCUUCCCCAACAAUCUCCCAACUCCUUAUGCGUAGAUGAGUCUGACAGCUUGUUCAAAUACCUUGUGUAAACAGUGUAACUGUUUUGUAACUGAAAUUUGUUAUGGGUAAUUUUGGUAAUAUGUCUAUAAAAGCUGUUUUACAUUUUAUUUUUUUAAUAUAAAAACCUAUUUUUAAACUGUUUUGGCUUUUUCUGUUUUCCCACUCAUUCUUCCUGAAAUCUGACUUCAAGAAUUUUCCUUCUCUGAUUAAGCAGUGAGUGGAAAAAACAAAGGCUUUAGAGUCCCACAAUUGCAAUUCAAAUCUGACUCUAAAUCUGCCACUUAUUGUUGGCAUGACCAGUAGAAAUUAUUAAUUUAUGUGAGCCUUCGUGCUCUCAUAUAUAAAGUAGGGAUAAUGAAACCAACUGUAGUAAAGUGGCCAACACAUCAUAGGAUCACAAGAGAAGGAAGAAUGCAUCAUACUCUUAAUGGGAGGAGGAAUUAGUAUAUUAAGUAUCACUAAGAUAUCCCCUAGCAUGCCCUCUCUAUAAUUCUUUCUCAGAGUAUCCAGGAACCUUCCCGGCAAAGGUGCUACUCAAUAACUGUCUUGUUGACCUACAUUUCAUGAGGCAAAUACAGACCUGUUUCAGCUUAGGAAAUAUAAAUUUAAUUAAAGCAGGUCUCACAAACUGGUAUAAUUGGUUGCCUCACAGUUGGGAUAUUAAGUGGCUGAAGAGCAGGGAGAAGAAGAGAAACUCUUUAUGCAUUCUUGUAAUUCUUGAAUUUUGAAACAUGUAAGUAUAUUACCUCUUCAAAACAUAGAUGACUAAGAUUUUUUUGCUUUAUUUUGCUUAUUGUUUGUUUUUAAAGGAGGCUUCAUAGUCUGGUCUGGAAUGUCUGUUGCUUUUCUUAUUUCAGCAGCCAUUCAUCAAGAGCUUGGGUGGUUUAAACACCAACUAAUCAUCAUUGUUUACCUAAUAAGCUUCUCCUAGAGACAGUUCUCUUUCUAUUACUGCUGCUACCAAUACCAAAUCGUCCAUGGAAAAAAAUUGGUGACAAAUGCAGUUCCCUUCAUAUAUAUGUACACACACACAUACGUAUACACACACAUACAUACACACACAUAUACCCAUAUAUAUAUGUAUAUACCUCCCUUAGUCAAUCAGGUCAAUCAGUCAGCCACCAGAGCCUGGGUAUUCUAUUCAGCUAGUGUUUUUCUUUCUAUUUACACUGCAACCUUUAUAGUUUCAGACUCUCAUUGCUUCACAUCUUAACUAGUAUUAUAAUCUUCUAAUACCUGGCUUUCAAACUCUACCUCCUUCUGCUGAUCCUACACCUUGCUGCCAAGUUAAUCAUCCUAAAAGUUUGUUCCACUCCUGUCACUCCUGUGCUCAAUAACCUGUAGUCACAACUCAGUGACUACCAAAUCAAGUGUAAAUGCUCUCACCUGGCUUUAAGGCUCUGCGAUGAGGCCCUACCCUACCCUAUUCACCUUCACUCCCUUUACACACGCUGUUACACAUCCUGAUUCAUAUUAAACAAUUUGUCAUUUUCCAGAUAUAGCCUGUACUUUAACUUCCUUGAGUUCAUUUGAUACACAUCUAUUAGACAAAUUCUGUGUGCCAGGUACUGUUCCAGAUCCUGGGGAGACACAGAUGAAAAAGAAAGGCAAAAUCUCUCCCAUCUUGGAGAGGGACCACAUAUCUUGGAUGCCCUUUUUCCAGUGGUUGAAAUUCUAUCCAUCCUUAAGUGAAAGAAAUGAUGUCUUAAGAGAAGCUGAAAUUUUACACAAAGCUAGAUUUAGUUACAUUCUUCCAAUUUUGGGAAUUUGCAAUGAGCCUGAAUUUUUGGGAAUAGUUACUGAAUACAUGCCAAAUGGGUCAUUAAAUGAACUCCUACAUAGGAAAAAUGAAUAUCCUGAUGUUCCUUGGCCAUUAAGAUUUCGUAUUCUGCAUGAAAUUGCACUAGGUGUAAAUUACCUGCACAAUAUGAAUCCUCCUCUACUUCAUCAUGACCUGAAGACUCAGAAUAUCUUAUUGGAUAAUGAAUUUCACGUUAAGAUUGCAGAUUUUGGCUUAUCAAAAUGGCGCAUGAUGUCCCUGUCACAAUCACGAAAUAGUAAAUCUGCACCAGAAGGAGGGACAAUUAUCUAUAUGCCACCUGAAAACUAUGAACCUGGACAAAAAUCAAGGGCUACUAUCAAGCAUGAUAUAUACAGCUAUGCAGUUAUCACAUGGGAAGUCUUAUCUAGAAAACAGCCUUUUGAAGAAGUCACCAAUCCUUUGCAGAUUAUGUAUAGUGUGUCACAAGGACAUCGACCUGACACUAAUGAAGAAAGUUUGCCAUUUGAUAUACCUCAUCGAGCACUUAUGAUCUCUCUAAUAGAAAGUGGAUGGGCACAAAAUCCAGAUGAAAGACCGUCUUUCUUAAAAUGUUUAAUAGAACUUGAACCAGUUCUGCGAACAUUUGAAGAGAUAACUUUUCUUGAAGCUGUUAUUCAACUAAAGAAAACAAAGAAUGCUUCAAGUACCGCUCACUUAUGUGACAAGAAGAAAAUGGAGUUAUCUCUGAACAUACCUGUAAAUUAUGGUCCACAGGAGGAAUCGUGUGGAUCCGCUCAGCUCCAUAAAACUAGUGUUUCUCCUGGAACCUCAAGGACCCUUUCAGCUCCUCAAGACAAUGAUUUUUUAUCUAGAAAAACUCAAGACUUUUCUGUGAUGCGUCAAUGUCCAGUAAAUCACAGUUGUGACAGUAACAUUUCUGUGGCUCAAAGAGCAACAUUCUGUGAUCACAGGGCUGCUCCAUUCUCCUUAGCAAUAAUAAAUCCACUCUCAGCGGAGGGAAAUUCAGAGCAAUUUCAGCCUGGUAUAACCCAACAGUGGAUCCAGAGUAAAAGGGAAGAUAUUGUGAACCAAAUGACUGAAGCCUGCCUUAACCAAUCUCUAGAUGCCCUCCUGUCCAGGGAUUUGAUCAUGAAGGAGGACUAUGAACUCAUUAGUACCAAACCUACAAGGACCUCAAAAGUCAGACAAUUAUUGGAUACUAGUGACAUCCAAGGAGAAGAAUUUGCCAAAGUUAUAGUACAAAAAUUGAAAGAUAACAAGCAAAUGGGUCUUCAACCUUACCCAGAAAUACUUGUGGUUUCUCAAUCUUCAUCUUUAAAUUUAUUCCACAAUAAAAACCUAUAAGUAACUCUUUUUCAAGAAGAAAAGUCAAUGCAUAAAAGGGUAUUUUAUAUUUCUUUUGCCUUGAUAAUGUUUUUAUGAGAUUCAUAUGAAUAUUAGAAAGUUUAAUGAAGUUUCUUCUUCAGAUAAAUAUUAGUCUCCUUCCAUGACAUUAUUUUUUAAAUUAAUACAGUAGAAAGUUUGAUUUUUGCUGCAUAGUACAAUUCUUUUUGUCUCUUUGGUUAAUUGAAACUAUUUUUUCAGUGUAAUAAUUAUAUUUUUAUUGUACAAAACAGUGUCCCAUUUUCACAUAUACUUUCUUUGUGGAUUAUUUAUUGUUUAAGAUGCUUGAC